CAUAUUUUUAAGUCGAACCGCAACUUCCGGCUUCAUCACCAACGUCAUGUAGCAGAAGGUGAAAGUGCUUCUGUUUGUAUUUGACAUCUUUUUCGCUUUUUGAGAUUUUUAGACAGAAACACCAGAAAGGGGAUUAUUGUUUUUACGCUCGUUAACAACUUAUCAGUUAAAUUUAAUCAACUUAAUGUUUAAAAGCGGCGGUUUGUUAACGAGCUCGAGACAGUAACUGUUAGCACACAAGCUAACCGGCUACACCGACACGUCCGGAGACGGAACCCCACAACUCGAGCCUCAGUUUCGGACAGGUGAACCUUACCGGCUACAUCGACACGUCCGGAGGCAGACACUCAGAAGUGGAGCCUCAGUUUCGGACAGUUGCCGGGUAACAACUUGUCAGUUAGAUUUAAUCAUCUACAUGUUUAAAAGCGGCCGUUUUUUAACGAGCUCGAGACCGUAACCGUUAGCACACAAGCUAACCGGCUACACCGACACGUCCGGAGACGGAACCCCACAACUCGAGCCUCAGUUUCGGACAGUUGAAGCUUACCGGCCACCACGACACGUCAAGAGGCAGAAACCCGGAACUGGAGCCUCAGUUUCGGACAGUUUAUGGGUAACAACCUAUCAUUUAAAUUUAAUAGAAUACAAGUUUAAGAGCGGGGGUUUGUUGACGAGCUCGAGACCGUAACCGUUAGCACACAAGCUAACCGGCUACACCGACACGUCCCGAGAGAGAACCCCACGACUGGCGCCUCAGUUUCGGACAGUUGAAGCUAACCUGCUAGCUCUGCACCGGCACACCCGGAGACAGAAACCCGCAACUGGAGCCUCAGUUUCGGGCAGUUGACGGGUAUAACUCCCCUAACAGGGAUCCGUAACUUUUUCUUUUGUGGCCAUAACGGAGAAAAUACAGUUUUCAUGUGUGCAGUGGGGCUGGUUUCGACAUUUUAAUGGGAGGCGGCUCGCUUUGGACGAGUGGACAUUGCGGGCGCCAGUUGCGAAGAAGAAAGCGGUGGUCCCGGCUCCCUGUCGCGCGCAGAUGGAGUCUCUAUCCGGGUACGUGUACAAGGCAGCCAGCGAGGGCCGAGUCCUGACCCUGGCCGCGCUGCUGCACAACCACUCCGAGGCGGAGGUCCGGUACCUGCUGAACUACGUGACCCAGGUGGCCGGGCAGAGGUCCACCCCGCUGAUCAUCGCGGCCCGGAACGGACACGACAAAGUGGUCCGACUGCUCGUGGACCACUACAAGGUGGACACGGAACAAACCGGCACGGUUCGGUUCGACGGCUACGUCAUCGACGGCGCCACGGCGCUGUGGUGCGCGGCGGGGGCGGGGCACUUUGAGGUGGUGCGCCUGCUGCUGACCCACCGCGCCAACGUCAACCACACCACGGUCACCAACUCCACGCCGCUGCGCGCCGCCUGCUUCGACGGGCGCCUGGACAUCGUGCGCUACCUGGUGGAGCACGACGCCGACCUCCGCAUCACCAACAAGUACAACAACACCUGCCUGAUGAUCGCCGCCUACAAGGGCCACGCCGACGUGGUCCAGUUCCUGCUGGAGCGGGGCGCCGACCCCAACGCCAAGGCCCACUGCGGCGCCACGGCGCUGCACUUCGCGGCCGAGGCCGGCCACCUGGACAUCGUCACGGAGCUGGUGCGCUGCCACGCCGCCAUGGUCGUCAACGGACACGGCAUGACGCCGCUCAAGGUGGCGGCCGAGAGCUGCAAGGCGGACGUGGUGGAGCUGCUGCUGGCGCACGCCGACUGCGACCCGAGCAGCCGCAUCGAGGCGCUGGAGCUGCUCGGCGCCUCCUUCGCCAACGACCGUGAGAACUACGACAUCCAGCGGACGUACCACUACCUGCACCUGGCCAUGACGGAGCGCCACCGCGACCCGGACAACGUCAUCGCCAAGGAGCUGCUGCCGGCCAUCGAGGCGUACGGCGGCCGCGCCGAGUGCCGCACGCUCCAGGAGCUGGAGGCCAUCCGCGCCGACCGCGACGCCCUGCACAUGGAGGGGCUGAUGAUCCGCGAGCGCGUCCUCGGCUCGGACAACAUCGACGUGUCGCACCCCAUCAUCUACCGCGGCGCCGUCUACGCCGACAACAUGGAGUUCGAGCAAUGCAUCAAGCUGUGGCUGCACGCGCUGCGCCUGCGCCAGAAGGGCAACCGCAACACGCACAAGGACCUGCUGCGCUUCGCCCAGGUCUUCUCCCAGAUGGUGCACCUGAAGGAGCGCGUGGUGGCGUCCGCCGUGGAGCAGGUGCUGAGCUGCAGCGUGCUGGAGAUCCGGCGCAGCAUGGCGCGCGUGGAGGCGGCGGAGGAGUCGGAGCUGCCGCAGGCGCUGGACAACUACGAGUCCAAUGUCUUCACCUUCCUGUACCUGACGUGCAUCUCCACCAAGACGACGUGCGGCGGCGAGGAGCGCGCGCGCAUCAACAAGUACAUCUACGACCUGAUCCAGCUGGACCCGCGCUCGCGGGACGGCGCCUCGCUGCUGCACCUCGCCAUCAGCUCCAACACGCCGGUGGACGACUUCCACACCAACGACGUGUGCAGCUUCCCCAGCGCGCAGGUCACCAAGCUGCUGCUGGACUGCGGCGCGCAGGUCAACGCCGUGGACCACGAGGGCAACACGCCGCUGCACGUCAUCGUGCAGUACAACCGGCCAAUCAGCGACUUCCUCACGCUGCACGCCAUCAUCAUCAGCCUGGUGGAGGCCGGCGCCCACACGGACAUGGCCAACAAGCAGAAGAAGACGCCGCUGGACAAGAGCACCACGGGCGUGUCGGAGAUCCUCCUCAAGACGCAGAUGAAGAUGAGCCUCAAGUGCCUGGCGGCGCGCGCCGUCCGCCUGCACCAGAUCACGUACCGAAACCAGAUCCCCAAAACCCUCGAGGAGUUCGUCGAGUUCCACUGAGAAAACGGACCCAAGGACAACAAAAUAAACUCUUGGUUCUUUUUAAACAACUUUCUUAUGAUUUUCUAACAAAUUCAAUCGGUGCUGACGAUGGUGGUUUAGUACUAAAA